AUGGAAAAAUCUGAUCUGCUAUGGGUAAUGUGGGUUCAUGGGAUUUAUAUGCACAAUGAUGAGGAUUUCUGGACAUAUGUACCACCAAAUGACAGCAGUUGGUACUGGAGGACACUGCAUAAAAUGAAGCAUAGAAUGAUAUCUUGGUAUUCAGAUGACCACUACUGCUUAAAUUCAUCAGGGAAAUACUCAGUAGUGGGAGGCUACGAGGAACUAAUAGGAGAUGGAGCAAAAGAGCCAACAGCUAAUCUCAUAUGGACUAAACUAGCACUGCCUAAACAUAGAUUCAUACUAUGGUUAGCAACACAGAGAAAAAUGACCUUGCAAAGAGUCCCCUGCAAUUAUCCACAAACAACAGUGACAUUCCAGAUCGACCAAGGCUCUAAUCCUAGCUAUUUUAGCUGUGUGAUUGAGUUUCAAAAUGGAGAAGGAGACCUUAAUUCUGUAGAACUUCGAGCCACUAGCUCAGAUCAGUGGCUACAAAUGAAACAAUCAUGGGGUGCAAACUGGAAAAUUGAAUUGCCUCCACAAAUAAAACCUCCAUUUUCAAUUAGGCUGACUACUUUGGAUUCCAAGAAGACACUUGUUGCAGAUGAUGUGAUUCCAGUGGAUUGGGCACCUGGCAAAUCCUAUCGUUCACUUGUCAACUUUUGA